AUGGCUGGCCAACCCGAGCAAGUCCCCCCAGUAAACAGCGGCAGCUCCGAGCCCGCGGCGUCUUUGCGCAAUGCCAGGAAGCAGCAAAGAAUCAACAAACAGCGUUAUGGCUUUGCAUGCUCCAAUUGCCGGAAGCGUAAGUCCAAAUGCAACGGUGCAUUUCCAGCCUGCGAGAAAUGUCUGUCCAGUCAACAUGACUGCCACUACGACAAAGGUCCAUCGGUGGCUUAUGCUGCCCAUCUUCAACAUCAGCUUGGCGUGUACCGGACUCAAUUCGAGCUACUGCAGCAAGCGACUGAGAGCGAACGAGAUAACAUCUUGCAAGAAGCCAUAGCUUCCGAAGCAUUCACGGCCAAGAAGCAUAGGUUUAUCGAUGCCGAACAGGUCCGUAGGACUGAGACGAGUCCGCCAGACACCCCGGUCCACGAAGGUCACGAUGAGAGAUCCAAUUUCCAGCAAGAUGAGACCAUGGACGAGACUUCGCUGGGGGCCGAUGGUGGAGUCGUCUUCUACGGAGAGACGAGCCUCUAUCACAUCGAGCCCCGAGGCGAUGGCACCGAAGACCAGGGAGAGACGAUGCCAAACAGGUCUGAUCAAGGGGAAGUAUUAGAGCAGCAAGCCUCGACGACCGCCACCACCUACUCAAUGCCCGAGAGCAUCCUCAGUGACCAACAAGAGAGUCUCAGUUCCUUUCUGGCCGAUAUCCCACCAGAUCUGUUGACCGAAUUGCUGAAUGUGUACUGGUGCUGGCCCCAUCAUUUACACUGCGUUCUUUGCAAAAAGCUCUUUCUUCGGGACUUGCAAUCAUCCGGUCCAUGUAUAUCGCCAUUUCUGUUGAGUGCCGUUCUGGCCCAGGCGGCGAGAUACUCCACCAGGGCAGAUGUCACAGAGGUAGGAGACCGGUUUGCCAAAAAAGCACUGCAACUCCUGGUGACAGAAAUCGAUCGCGGAAGCUCCAUUCCAACCAUCCAGGGUCUCUUGAUCUACUCUGCACGCGAAUGUGCCUGUGGAAGGACCUCGCAGGGCUGGUUAUACAGUGGCAUGGCUUUUCGAAUGAUGCGAGAUCUUGGUCUUCACAUCCCUCCACAGCGACUGGGGUCUCUUGCCCGACACUUCACGGAGGAGGAUCUCGCUCUUCGACAGCAGGUCUUCUGGAGCUGCUACACCUGGGACAAGACAAUGAGUCUAUGCCUUGGACGUGCCCCAAUCAUCCAUGAUAUCAUGAAACUCCCAACUCCCGACACGCUCCUUGAUGGAAACGAUGCCGACGAAGAGAUUUGGCGGCCAGUCAUCAGACAGGAGUGCCCAUCCGACAGCCUUUUCCGGCAGAAGGCCUUGAGCUGUACACGUUUCUCUGCGUAUUGCGAGCUUUGCAUGAUCAUCGACGGCAUCCUCGGAGAGCUGUACUCGAAACCGCGGCGAAGUCGCCAUGUUCACCUUCUCACAUACCUGGAUGACACCCUCUUGAAGCUCGAGGGGUGGUCCUCGCACCUGGCCCCCGAGCUUUUUGUGGCGAGCAGUGCCAGAGCGACUCUUUGCCCGCCAGUGCACAUCCUCUUACUCAACCUUCUUUACUAUGCGACCGCAAUCCUCCUCUGUCGCCCUUAUCGAAGCAUCUCAUCCAAGGCGAAACGGAAGUGCACCGAAGCAGCCUGUAUGAUUGAUACUUUGUUUACUCUGCACAUUCGGCGCUUUGGCUUCCGUUCCAUCACCUAUCUUCAGACAUAUACCAUGUUUGUUGCCUGCACCGUCAACAUCUUGGAUUUCAGAGAGAAUCAGCCGCUCCCCGAUGCCAACGAAGUGGACCUGAACCUGGCACAGGAAUCUAGUGCACGCCUGGACUUUGGCUUGGAGGUCCUCAAGCAGGCGGUCAGCACACCGUCCGCGGCUCGCUGCGCAGCCAUCGUGAUGCAACUACUGGAGAGGCCGAAUGCCACGAAACCACGACAGCAGAGUCUUGUGGGGCAGACCCUACUCACGUCGGAGACAGGACAUGGAAGCCACGGCAUGUCGCACGAUCAUCACCUUGGCAGUGGUGGGCCUGGAAAUACGGACAAGAGCUGCGACGGUGACGGCGACGUGAACGCAAAUCCAGUCUUUGUCACCAGUUGGGGACGCAACUAUCGACCGUCUGCGGAUGGACCUCAAGGUGGUGGUUCUCAGGAUGAUCAAACAUCGGAAAUGCCCUUUGACAUGGGGACCGGCGGUGGCCAGUCUUUGCUGCCUCAGCAUCAACAGAACGCGGCAUCCAAAAGUUCCGCCCCAUAUGCCAACAACGUGUUUGCCACGAAUGACGAGCUUGGAUAUAGUAGUAUUGACACGCCUCUACGCUGGCUGGGGGACAAUCUACGAGAUGAUGGAAGUUGGAUGUUGAUGGACAUCAAUCUCGACUACCUCCCCAUGUCCUUUCUCCAGCCCUGA